GGACCCAUUGUAGUCCUGGCCUGAAGUACUGGAGAGAAAAAUUAAUUAAGCAGCUUCUUCCAUUCAGACAUAGGUCGAUCCAUCGCGAUUCUUCCAUGGACGUCGACGAGCUGUUGUUGAUAGCAAUCAGCCAUGGAAACAACGAAGACGGUAGCGACGGGGUUGUCGGGAUAUCGGACGAGGUGUACGCCGCGGAGCUCCAGCUCCAAGAGUUGAUCAUGUCGUCCGCCAUGGCGGCCACCGCUGCGGCGGCGGCAGAUCAGCUUGACAGCGGUAGCGCCGUCCACGCGUCGAGCGAGGACGCAGCAGCUGCAGCUCAUGCGAAGACGUCUCCAUCCUCCGCUCUCGUCCCCGCCGCCGAGUGCUCGUCCUCCUCGGCAGCGGCCAUGACCCUUGUCGCCAGCGUCGUCAAGUGCUCCUGCUCCUCGUCAGCUAUGGCACCGUCGGCCACCACCACGUCGUUCCUCUUCUGCAAGAUCUGCAUGGACGACGUGCCGGCGUCCGACGCGCACCGCGGCAGCCACGGCUGCGCGCACGCCUUCUGCGCCGCCUGCCUCGCCGGCCACAUCGCCGCUAAGCUCCACUCCGGCGGCGGCGUCUACUGCCCCGAGGAUGGCUGCGCCAGCGCGGUCGACCCGGAGCUCUGCCAACCCAUCCUCCCAGAGGACAACUUCGAGCGGUGGUGCGCCGCGCUGUGCCGGGCCAUGGUGCUCGGAGGCCGCCACGUGUACUGCCCGUUCACGGACUGCGCAGAGAUCAUCGCCGACGAGCGGGGCGGCGACAGCGACGGCCAGCCGACGGAGUGCCCGGCGUGCCGGAGGCGGUUCUGCGAGCGGUGCGGCGUGGCGUGGCACGGAGGCGUGAGCUGCGGCGAGUACGGGGAGCUGGCGGUGGGGGACAGGGGGGAGGGGGACCUGGCGGUGGUGGAGAUGGCCAAGGGGAGCAGGUGGCGGCGGUGCCCGCGGUGCAAGUUCUUCGUGGACAGGUACGAAGGCUGCUCGCACAUCACCUGCAGGUGCGGGCUGGAGUUCUGCUACGGGUGUGGCCAGGAAUGGGGGCCUACUGGUCAUUCCUCGUGUCAGCGACCUUGAAACACCUGGAUGGUCGGGAUUCGGAUGCUGGACAUGCCCCGUCAGUCAAACUAUUAUAACUAGUGUUAUGUUAUCACCUGUUAAUCUGCUAUCUAUCCGAAUUUAAUUCAUCUUAGGUUUAAAUCUCGGUGCCAGCUCUUUACACCUAAAUUUGGUAUCUAGUAAUUAUAGUCGUUGAGAUAGAUAAAAAACAAGUGUGCAGUCCAACUAUUUUUUACUAUUGCUAGUAUUGUUAGCUGUUUUCUAUCCAAUUUAAUUGGUGGUUUAAGUCAUGUAUUAUUUUUUUUUGAGAAUUUAUGUCAUGUACUCAUAUCUUAGAUAUGCUCUGUUUGUCACAUUUUAAUUACCUUUGUGACUUCACAGAGUGCCAAAUUUAUAGUACUUAUCCGAGUAUUCCCUA